UAUUUCCUCCGCUGGUCCGUUACCCGAGCCUGAGCGAAAGGAUUGGUUUUAAUUUUUUUUACAUAUUUUUUUUUCUCCUCGCUGCUCACAAUGAUGAACUUGGUGUCCAGUCAAGACCAACAUGUCGGAAAACCAGACCAAUUUGAUUAUCAACUACCUGCCCCAAACCCUGACUGAUGCCGAAUUCCACUCUAUGUUUGCCUCCAUUGGUAAUAUAAAAUCAUGCAAGAUUGUCCGUGACAAGGCUACUAACUACAGCUAUGGUUUUGGUUUUGUCGAUUACCAGUCGCCCGAGGAUGCUCAGCGUGCCAUACAGUCCCUGAAUGGCCUUCAGCUCCAAAAUAAAUACAUCAAGGUAGCAUUAGCAAGACCCGGAGGUGACAGCAUCAAGGGAGCUAACUUGUAUGUCAGGAACAUUCCACGAGAUUUUACUGCCGGGGAUCUUGAGAGUAUUUUCAAAUGUUAUGGUGAAAUUAUCCAAUGUCGUGUUCUAACUGAUCAAGAUACUGGCAAUUCUAAAGGUGUAGGUUUCAUACUGUUUAGUCAAAAAGCUUCAGCAGAUACAGCAUUAGCAGAAAAAAAUGGUGUUCCACUUCGUGAGGGGGACUUGCCUUUAAUGAUCAAAUAUGCAGAGGACAAUGCUCAGAAAGUUCGCCCACCAGUUCAACCAAUGUAUCCAGCUGGCCCAAGGGGCUUCCCAGGUGGCCCAAUGCGCAACAUGCAAAAUCGUUCGCGUUACAAUCCAAUGACUGGAGGUGGCUACGGAAGUCCAGGUAAUGGAAUGGAGCCUCAUGAAGGAUAUGUUCUAUUUGCGUAUAACAUAGGGCCGGAGACCAACGAAAAGAAUCUAUGGGCUCUUUUCUCGCGCUAUGGUGUCGUACAGAAAGUAAAUGUUAUCUAUGACCACCAAAAGGGACUGACAAAAAACUAUGGUUUUGUCACCAUGGCAAACUAUAAUGCAGCUCAGAUGGCUGUUAACUGUUUAAAUGGCUACAAGUAUUACAAGGGGAAGCCACUUUCUGUUUCUUUCAAAAAUUGAUUCUUAAAUCACUUUUUUUUUACUUUUAUUUUUUUUAAUAAUGUCUUCAUUAUUCCAUCACAUGAUCCACAUGCAAUCCAGCAAAUUACAUCUCGCAUCAGAGUGCUUAUGCCUGGGAUCUUUUUUUUCUCUCUCUGUUUUUUUUUUUUUUUCCUUUAUUAUUUGUCACAUAAAAUAUAUACAUUAAUGUAAUGCAGUGACAAAGCCAGUGUGGUACAUGUUAAAGUGUAUUUACUUGAUGCAACAUUGUGAACUCGGUAAAAUGUUUCAUUCAAAAAUGGGUCUAAACAAGGUCAAGAGGUAGAAUUGUCUGCUCUUGCUGCUUUUGUUGCUUGGUGUUAAAUGAAAAAUUGUUACUAGAUCAAGUACUAUUUUAAGUUUCAAUCAUCAUUUUGUUUAAAACAUUUCUACAAUGCGUUAUGUUCAUGAUGUGUCAAAAGUGAUUUUGAUGAAUAAAUUUUAACCUCAAAAUCUUUUCGAUAAUAAUGGAUUAGAUUUUUUUUUUCUGGUUUUUUUGGUUUUAUACAUUACAUGUUUAAAAAUAAGCAGGACAGGUAUUUCAGGUACUAAUGUUUUUGAGUAUGGCCAGUACCUAUGCAUUUAGCAAGCCUUUUUGGAUCAUCAACAUCACUUUUCUCUGCAUUGCUUCCCUUAGUCAGGGAUAACUGGUCUGACAAUGUGGUGGAAAUAGGUUUGACAAUUGACUUAUAUCAAGGGUUUGAAAUAAGAGUUGUCAAAAUUAAUCAGAUAAAGGCCAUUCAUGCUGAGAAAUUCACUUGCACGUAUGAAUGUAUAGAAGACAUUAUGAUAAGGAAAGCAGCAAUUAAUAUUUAUAAGAAAUCACCACUGGAAAGAUGCUUCAUCAUAAUUGUUCAAAUGCCUGAGCAUUUUCAGACGUCCUAUGCUGGUCAACAGUUUAGCAAUUUCCCCAGACAAUAGUUGAAAUCCUUAAAUUAUUAUUGCACAUGAUACUGUAAAGAUAUAAUUGUAUAGAUCUACAUAUGUAAUAUGAAAACAAGGACAACAGGUUAACAUGAUUUUUGUUAAAAACAUUGUAGAUCUUUUCAAUGCAGGAAUAUAGAAAAUUGUAAAUGGUGGACCACUGACAAUAAAAGUGCUAUUGAGUGAUAUGUACUGUAGAUCAUCUGUUUAUCAGAACACUGAAUAAUUAUGUGAUGCUACAAUGACCUUUAGGACAGCAUAAUCAUGCGAUGCUACAAUGACCUUUAGGACAGCAUAAUCAUGUGAUGCUAUGAAAGACUUUAUGACAACAUAAUCAUAUGAUACUAUGAAUGACCUUUAGGUGUCUGAAUCAUGUGAUGCUAUAAAUGACCCUUUAGGAUAGCCUAAUCAUGUGAUGCUAUAAAUGACCUUUAGGAUAGCCUAAUCAUGUGAUGCUAUAAAUGACCUUUAGGAUAGCCUAAUCAUGUGAUGCUAUAUAUGACCUUUAGGUGUCCGAAUCAUGUGAUGCUAUAAAUGACCUUUAGGAUAGCCUAAUCAUGUGAUGCUGUAAAUGACCUUUAGGAUACACAGCAUUUCCUCAAGUCUUAGUGGAGCAUGGGUAAAGGUAUAAAACUGAUUAUAAGUACAACAUUUGCAAAUUAUUCAACUAUUCUUCACUUCCCACAAAAAAAAAAGUUCUCAUAAAAUAAACAUUGGAAUCAGCAUUAAAGUGUAGUACAUCCAUGAGUUUAGAGUGAUCUUUCCUACAGGUGGAGCUAUCAGGUUACAUACUACAGCAGUACUGCUGCGUUCCCCUCAAGUAGCGAUGUUUUUGUUGAUCAAAGUUCUACAUGGAAGGACAUUUUUCAUUAAUGAAGUGUGGCCAGAUGUAUUCAUUUGCAUAGGGCAAAAGGUUAGGAGGUCAUAUUAAGGACCAUCACAUCAUCUACAAUGUGUUGUUUCAUAGACAUCUAUUAUCAUUGCCAUCUGUCUUGUUUUCAAACAAAGAUGAUAAAAAUAUACAUUUUUUGCAUUGCGUACAACAGUAUUGGACUGUUUUUUAUAUAUGGCACUUAUAACGUCUAAAUACUUUAUAUAACAAAUAACUAAGUAAAAUGUUACAGUGUAAAGAUUGAGCAAGCACUCUGAACUUACUAAAUUUUUUACACUGCUUUUAUUUGACAAGUUUCUGAUCAGUUGAUCGAGAGACUUGAAAAAUGAUGAAUCUGAAAGCUUGUGUUUGGAUUUAAAAUGGGCUUUCCAAAAAAUCAGUAAAUUCAGUCAUGCUGUGAAUAACAAAGACUAUCUCAUUGUUUGGUCUUGUGAUAGUCAGAUGAUCACCUUUUGUCAGAUUUAGCAACAAAAUAUACCAUGAGAAGUCAAAAAAACUUUUGUAAGAUAUAAAAACUUACAUCCUUUUAAAUUGUAAUACAGGCUAGGACAUCAGUAUUUUCAUAUUUAUAUUUGUUAUCAAUGUAAUGUGUAUUUACAUUAUUUUCAAAUUGUUUACAGCAAGGACAGUUUGAUUGUAUAUGCUACAAACCUCUUACAGGAGCAAACACAGAUACUUGUAUUUCUGUUUAUGGGAGCCAUUUAUAGGACUAGAACUUCCAAUGAGAAUAUUUUUGUAGGCUUAAUACAAGCAAUAAUUUAGAAUUAAAUAAUCAAGAUUUUCAAGUUUACGAAAAUUAAACUUUCAAUUUUUUUUACAUAACAUGUUAGAAUCAUUUUGUAUUCAAAACCGUCUUUUUUCAUUUUGUUGGUUUUUUUUGGGGUUUUCUUUCCUUUUUUUUCCUUUUUGUUUUUUGUCAAGCUUUUUGGGAAAAAAACUUUACUAUUUUAAGACAUUUGUUUUCUGUCAAUAUCUGAAUUACAAGAUAAUCCCAAGUUUCUUUCCACCAUUAAAAAAAUCUUUGUCCAAAUCAUAUUCUGAAUACAUGUGUUGUCUUUUAUCAAUGUUUCAUUUUUAUGCUAUUCCACUGCAACCAAUAGGUCAAACUUUUAUCUUUAAUUUUCUCACUAGUAAAUUGCCAAUCACACCAGUUCACUAUAUAAAAGUUGCGUGCUUGUAAUUUACAGUUAGAGACAGUUUAAGAUAACAUUGUAUGUUGAAGAUUGUAACACUGUACAUAUACUGUGAAUGUGAAUACUGUAAUGCUAGUAGUAGUAUGCUGGUCAGAUCCUGCCAGCCCCAGACAGGGAAUGCUGAACACAACCUGUCAGCUUCUGAGAGUGAUGCUGGUAACAUAUCUUGCCAGCUUCAGACAGCGAUAAUAAGAAAAUGUUUGUUGUUGACUUUGUAUUUCUUGUAGAAGUUGAAGAAUGUUAAUAAAAAUGAUACAGAAAAUCAAA